AUGGCGCCUUCAAAGCCAGUCUUACAUCCGCUCAAGACUCCAAAGACUACCACCUUCCCAUCCGAAUUACAUACUCCGUCUAUUUCUUCGCGAUCGGAUACAAAAACUGAACUUCCACUCUCGACGCCUAUAACCCCGCCGCUCGCCUAUACUGAAUUCUUGAAAGCACUUACACCCGUAUUCAACAGUCCUAUUAGCCCUUCUAUGAGCUUCUCAAAGUUCCCCGUGGAAAAAUUACCCACAUCAAAUUCACAACCAUCAACGGCAACGAGUGUUUCAUUUCCCAGCAAUGUCGAGUUUGCGAAGUCUGCGAAGUCUGCCAGUAUUUCUCCCGAAUCGCCUUUCCCUCCGUCACUUCCCUCCAAAUCUGCAAACAGUGGAAGAAAACGCCUACGAAUAUCAACAAAGGCAUGUGGGAAGGGUUAUACGCCGGCGACGGAUUCUCCGAUGAGUGCUACAACCGCAUAUUCUCCUUUUUCGCCUUCGGAUUGGAAGCUCCGUUAUUUGGAAGGACCCCGAAGUGCUACCGGCAAGCAUGUCAGUGUCAGGCAGGUCGUUACUCGCACAGUCACAUAUAAGCGGACGCCUUUAGAUCCACCACCAAAGGGCAAGCGAAGAAAAGCCAGCGCAUCUCCGCAAGCUUGA